AUGGCAGACCAACCUCAUGACAGGAAGCCAACUCCUGUAAACUUCGACACCCACUCCCGCAGCCAGCAAACCACCUCACGCAACCUCUUCUUCGCCGCCUCCCUCAUCUCCGCCAUCUCCAUCCCAAUCCACAUCCUCGCUACCCUCAACCUUGGCAUCAACAUCCACUCACCACAUCUGCCCACCGCACUAGACGGUCCUAGUGACAUUCGACUUCGCAGCGUGGAGCGAGCCACGAGGGUGGCGUUCAACUAUGUCAAUGUUGGGCUGUUCAUUUCUGCGGUAAUGCAGCAUCGAUGGGCGCAAACGAACGGUCCACAGACUCCGCACGACAAGGCGGUGCUGCUGGGAACAUUACUUGGUGGAGGCAUUGUGGGAGCUCAGUUCUGGCGGAUCAACGUGUAUCCUCCUCUCGGCUGCUUGUGGAUUGCACCUGGGUUGGCGGCUUUGGGCUGGGCUCUGGCGGAAUGA